CAUGGUCCAAUCAUCUUUGAGUGAAAGCACCUGAAUGAGAGUUGUACUCUGGAUUUUACGGAUUUUUCAAAACUAAAACAACAGGAAUACCUAAUUCGGAAACGCAAUGGUGGGGCAUGUGUUAGUUUACUUAGCCUCAGUUUUGUGAAAUGGACGGCGUUGGGGCAAAAAAAAUAUCUUAGAUAUCAGUUAAUAUAUUAGAUAUUUGCUAAAAUUCCCAUGUAAAUAAAUUGCCAAUGUGGCAAUAAACGCGGAAUUGUGGGUGUAGUGUUAGUUUUGGUCGGGAUUGGGAGCCUGUUCCUUUCAACAGUGACCACUGGAGGUCUCACUCUGAAGACAGACACAUUUGCUCCGGCGCGUCUCCUGCGGCGGCACCCUCACUUUCGGUGCGUGAGAGUUUGAGCCACCGAUCACAAUCCUAUUCACUAUGGCUUCGGAUCCAGAAAGCAACAGACAGCGUUUGAAACAGCUUAUUGAGAAACCCGGCAAUGGACACUGUGCUGACUGUGGAGCUGCAGAUCCGGAGUGGGCGUCCUACACGCUGGGUGUGUUUGUGUGUCACAGCUGCUCAGGUCUCCAUAGAAACAUUGCCCAAAUCAGCAAGGUGAAAUCUGUCCUGCUGGAUCCUUGGAGCUCCUCUGAGGUGCAGCUUGUGAACUCUGUGGGUAACAAUGCUGCCAAGGCUAAAUAUGAGCAGAUAGUUCCUGCCUUCUAUUACCGUCCAACACACAAAGACUGCACGCUCCUGAGGGAACAAUGGAUCAGAGCCAAGUACGAGAGGAAGGAGUUUAUGAGUGCAGAGAAGCAAGAGCCCUACUCGGCAGGCUACAGAGAGGGUUUUCUGUGGAAACGAGGCAGAGACAACGGACAGUUUCUCAGCCGAAAAUUUAUUCUGUCUGAACGGGAACGUGUUUUGAAGUACUUUAACAAGCAUGACGCUAGAGAGCCCAAAGCAAUAAUGAAGCUCAAUACUGUGAAUGCCACUUUCCAGCCCCAAAAAAUUGGCACUGCGCACGGCCUGCAGAUAACUUAUUUGAAAGACAACAGCACAAGAAAUAUCUUUGUUUACCACGAGGAUGGAAAGGAAAUGGUGGACUGGUUCAAUGCAAUCAGAGCAGCCAGGUUUCACUACCUGCAGGUGGCGUAUCCUGGAGCUUCUAACUCUGAACUGUUGCCAAAGCUAACCAGGAACUACAUUAAGGAGGGUUACAUGGAGAAGACAGGUCCCAAGCAUACGGAAGGCUUCAAGAAGAGGUGGUUCACAAUGGAUGACAGGAGGCUCAUGUAUUUCAAAGAUCCACUGGAUGCUUAUGCACGAGGUGAGGUGUUCAUUGGCAGUAUGAACAACAGCUACACUGUGCUCCCCAGCCUCCCAGCUAACAUUCAGGGCUACCAUUGGCAGUUUGGGAUUACCAUAGUGACCCCAGACAGGAAGUUUCUAUUUGCAUGCGAGACUGAAGCGGAUCAGGAAGAUUGGAUUGCUGCAUUUCAGACUGUUAUCAACAGACCGAUGCUUCCUCAGGAGUAUGCAGUGGAGGCCUAUUUUAAGCACAAACCAUGACUGUAUUAGUGCUUGAAGGACUGUUGGUGCAGGAUGAGGAGCAGAGAAUGGGGCUAGAGGAAGAGAAGGACCUGAGAAAUGUAAACGUAAGAGCCACAGAGGAAAGGAUCUAAUGGUGAAAUCACACUUUUUACACAGUAACUGUUCCCACAGUGACUCCUUUACUGCUCAGCUUCACCCACAUUACAAUCCCUUUUUAAGGGAGUUUGAAUCACUUGGCUCAUAAAUGUUAGCCUUACUCAUUUGUUAUGUGACUUACAUACUUGAAAGAGGUCAGCCAUCCUCACCUGAAUGUGCAGAUUUGUAGAAAUCAUAACUGUUGCUGCUCAGAUUUUAAAAGAUGUUUGUCUCAGUAAUGCAGAUUUAUCAGAAUAUGCUUACUUACAUGUAUCAGAUGAAAUAACCUUGCAUUUAAACUAAAUACAAUUAUGCUCUUCUGGUCAGUCAUGUGCAUAAAAAGUCAUGUUCUGGUACUGAACUGUCAGUAAACAGGAACAGUACAUUUGAGGUUUGUAGAUACGCAAAUGUAUAGCAGUGUUUGAGUGAUGUUUAAUUCUUAAUAUUUAUUUUUUAACUAUCUGAUUUGCUAGAUGCAGCUGGUAAUAAUUUCGUGCUAGUCACUGCUGCUAUAAAAAUGUAUUUUUGUAAUUUAAAAGAAUUUACUUGCAUUCCUGUAUUUGUCAAGUUGUAUAAAAAAAUGUAAACAGUUA